AUGUAUACACCGAAUUCAAAAUGGACCUGGAGCUUCACCAUGGUCGCCCUCAUCCAGGCCGGUAUAAUUCUCGCAUUUGAAAGCUAUGUCUUUGCCCACUUUCAGAUUCACCUUAGAGGAGUCGGCGCGGGAAACACGACCGCUUCGCGCACGAUCCCGACCUUUUUGACCCUGUACAUCUUCGGAUUUAUCUACCAACUCCUUUUGGUUUGGGAUGCCCUUCGAAUGCGAAAUACCAUUCAAGUCAUUGGUCUGAUCAUGUACAAUGUCGGCCUGCUCAUUUAUGGCUCCGUGCAAAUGGAACAGAUCAAGGAUGCGGUUUUCCAGUUGGCAGAGGAUGAUUUUAUCCGUCGGGAAAUCUGGCGAGACACCAAGCCCUUCUUGAUUGCUAUUCCGUGCAUUCUGGCGCUCGGAACGGCCUGCAUGUCAGCUUGCGCUUGGAAGUUGUACGACGAGUUUGCCUGGACGAUUUACAAGCGCAUCUCGGCCGAUUUGAGGAUGAAGCGGCGCUAUCUUCAAUACCAGGUCUACAUUGCCUUGUUGAAGUUCGACUUUUUCUUCUUCUUGGGGUUCACAGUUCAAUUCGUGGUCAUCGUCACACAGCGACAGAUCGAAUUCGCCUUGACCAUUGCAGCUAUUCCUGUGACCAUCCUCAUUCUGCUCGCCGCGGCUUGGUUUGUCCGCAAGGAAAAUCUAUGGGGAACCAUUGCAGUUAUUAUCCUCUACUUUGGCGGACUUGCCUACUUCAUUUUCAAGAUGGUCCGUAUGUACUCGCCAUCGUAUCGAGGCGCCUAUCUCCCCGCAAGGAAAGAACUCACCACAUUCGCUGUCUUGACCAUCAUUCUUAUCAUUCUGACCAUCAUUGGUGCUUGCCUUUGCGCGCAUAACUACAAACGCGGUCUGAAACCGUACGUCAACAAACCAGCCAGCAUUGAUGAUGACGAGAAGCCCAUCGGCAGCGCUUAUGCCCCGUAUGCCACUGAGAUGGGGAUGGGGGUCAAUGGCAAAUUACCGCCGUUGAGGCCUUCAGCAAACAGAAUUGAAAUUGACUGA